AUGGCCAUUAGAAAAUCAAACAAGACUUCUCAGACCACAGUCCUCAAGCAAAUCCUCAAGAGAUGUUCCAGCUUAGGAAAGAAAAACGACUACGACCAUGAUGCUCUUCCUCUCGAUGUCCCCAAAGGCCAUUUCGCUGUCUACGUUGGAGAAAACAGAAGUAGAUACAUUGUCCCCAUCUCCUUUUUGACUCACCCCCAGUUUCAGUCCCUCCUUCGUCAAGCUGAGGAAGAGUUCGGCUUCGAUCACGAUAUGGGACUCACUAUUCCCUGCCAAGAAGUUGUUUUCCGCUCUCUAACUUCCACUUUACGAUGA